AGUAUUUGAUGCUCGUAAAUAUCAAAGUAAUUACAAUACGAUGAAAUGUCUAUUCAAAUGCGAAAACAAUAACAAAGGAAGUUUAUUUGAAUUUGGCAAAAGUUAAUCAUCUGUGCUUGCGGGGCCUCCUUUCGUGGAGACCCCGUAAAAUAAGCUGGCCUUACUCGUAAAGUAAUUCUUUUAAUAAUAAUUUGCAGAAUGCUAAUAAUAGCAUUUUUCAAUACUGGUUCGAUUCUCUAUAUUUCUUGGACACUAAUCUGAGUAGUUGUGCCUGUUAUUAAUACUUGAGAUUACAUCAGAAGCAUUUCAGGAUGCCUAGUAGUAUAUUUGUGAAGAAAGAAAAUGAAGACUCCCAACCUAGUGUAUCUUUUUCAUCUGCCAUGGGUAUAUCGAGUUUAAACAGAGAUGGAAGUCGAAGUGCUUUCACCCCAUACAAGCCUACCACUGUUUUAACAAAUUUGCAAAGAGGAAAUGUGCAAACUCAAACACCAGCUGUUCUUCCUGAAAGAAGCAUUUAUCAGUUAGCUGCUCAGGGUGAGCUCUUUCUACAGAGUAACGCCAUGAAUGACAGUUUUGAUCCAAACCAGACAGAUCAAAAUGGACUUACACCUCUUAUGUGGGCAUCUAGUUAUGGACAACUUGCAACUGUACAAAAAUUAAUUAGUUGUGGUGCUUCAAUUUCGACCAUUGGAGACUCUGGUGAAAAUGCCCUUAUUUUAGCUAGUUCUGCAGGCCAUUCAGUCAUUGUAAAGGAGCUCAUAAAUCAGGGUGCAUCUCUUGAUUACAGAGAUCAAGAGGGUAACACUGCUCUCAUGUAUGCCGUUUACAAUAACCGUGCUGGUUGUGUGCAAGAACUACUGAAUGCUGGUGCAGAUAUGACAAUUGUUAAUGAAGCUUUAGAGUCUGCAUAUGAGAUCGCAAUUAAGAAAAGAUGUAGAGAAGCCCAAACAGUUAUGGAGAAACAUAUGCUGAAUUUAAUGCAAGCCGAUGUGAAUUUAGUUCAAGUGAAAACUGAACCUUUAUGAGCCGGUUAUUUAUUUAUUUUCAUCAUGUAUGCCUAUUGCCCGUUGAUUUACUAAUAGUUGUUUGGUAGAAUUAUUAUGUUUAUAGAUUUUGUGUAUGUUUUUUUUGUUUAUUCCUUUUGUUUGGGAUUUUUGGUAAUGCUAUGCACAAAUUAUUCAGUAUAUUUCAAAUAUUCUCAAAAUAUUUCAGUUCUAAAAAGUUACUAUUUUUAUUUUUAAUUUAAGUUUUAACUUGAAUUACUUUAAGUUAAUUUUCGUUGAAUAGAAAUAAAAUCUUAUUAAAAGAUUUAAAUGUAAUUACACUCAUUAUUUAUUGUAAUUAUUCCAUGUAUAAAUAUCUCCUGGAGGCCAAGCAACCAUUCUUGCACAUUCAGUUGACGUCUUAGGUUAUAGGAUAAAAAAUUAUUAGACCUUUCUCUGUUCAUUUUUAUUAUUCUGAAAAUAUCUUUGUAUUUUUAAUAGAUUCACUUCGUAACUGUUUAUUUAUUUAUUUUUAUUAUUUGUUUAAAGAAUAUGCUCACUGCAGAAAAAUCCGAAUUUUUUUUUUUUUUUUUUCCAGAUUUAUACUAGCUUUUAACUUUGAGAUUUGGCUAAAUAUUUAAAUCGAAUUUUUCGAUAAUUUAUGUAUAUACGAGCAAUUGGAAAAACUGAUUUUCCUUUUACUGUUAUAAUGUGAAAGAGAAUGAUAUUUUUUACAGUGAAUGUAAAGUUUUUAUUUAACAGUUGAAAUCAUUAUAAAAGCAUGCACUUUUAAAAUGUAUAGUUAAGCUUUUAUAUGUAUUUCAUAUAAUGUAUUGUUUUCUUUAAACUCCAAGGUUUUUCCAAGACACCAGUGAAUAUAUUUAUUAACUAAGAAAUGAAAAUCAGUCUUAUAUUUAAUUUAGGUAAAACUAAUUAAGUAUAUUAUUGAUUAAAAGAAUCAAUACAACUUAGCUUAAAUUUACUCUAAUUUUGCUUAUGUAGGGGAAUUAUUAUAAUGUAAAUAAAGAACACAUUAAAUAAUUUAAACAAAGAGAAAACUAUUUGGUUGGUGCAUAAUUAUUAGGCGUUUCUUUGACAUGCUAUAUUUUAAUGAAAAUUUACAAUAUCCUUUAUAUCCUCUCUCAAAGUGGUAUAGCAUAAUAUGACGAAACGAAUAUGAGUAUGAUUAUCGACACGCAUUUUUAUAACCUAAAAGUAGAAAAAUAUUUUUAUUCAUCAAUUUGUAAAAGAUAUUGUGAAUUUUUAUUAAAAUAUAGCACAUCAAAGAAACGCCUGAUAAUUAUGCACCAACCCAAUAAAUAAAAUAGGAAUUAAAUUAAAUUAAAUUUCUGGUGUAAGAAUUAGAUUAAUAAUAUUUUAAAAACUGUGAAAUAUGAGCAAUUAUUCUUAGUAUUAUAAGCAACAAAUAAAGGAUGCACAAUGGAUUUCAAAUAUUAAUUGGUGCAGCAUACUUUGUGUGUAUUAUGUGAAUUGAUUCCAUUGAUAGAUGAUAAAGAAAAGCACAAUUUAUGUUGAAAAGAAAAAAAUAUAUAUGUUCUAUAUGAUUUUUAUGAACAUGAAUAUUGAUUCCAUUUUACUGAGAAUUUAUUUUGAAAUUAUUGAUUUUAUCCCUAUAGCUUUUAAUAUAGGGUUUAAAUUGGUACUUAUAAUUUUAUUGCUGGCAUUGAAAAUGUAUUUUAUAUUUACGAUUCAUGAAGCUGUAAUGCACAUUUAGC